UGUACAUAUGUACAUGUAGCUCUUAAAUCAAUUGUUGAAAUUACUGCCUGACCAUAAUUUCUGUUGCGGGGGGCGGUGGUUGGUCACUAUAUGCGUCCAUUAUAUUUUUGAAAAAUCUUGUUUACGAAUUCUGCGUCGUUACAAAUGCCAAAACUGAAGCAGCCUAUAGAAACGCGAGAGUUGCACAUAAUUGCAACGCUGUCAAAAACUACACGACUGCUGGUCAAAUGUGACUACUGCGCGACACGACGCCGGUGUUAUGACGAGGUAUCGUCAUGUACUCAACAUAAUAUAUUUACGGACAUUGUAUAAUAUUGCCACCGCAGCGGCAGCCGUCGUCGCAGCAGCCUCUGCAAGCAGCAAUGCGGUCCACAUGCACAAUAAUAUCAAUAACAGUAAUAAUAAUAAUAACAACAACAACAACAACAAUAGCAAUUACAACAAACAGCGCCACAGUAGUAUUAGCAAAGAGCGCAAUGAGUGCGCCAAGCAUAGUGAAUUAUUAGUUGCCAAAAAUCGCCUAUUAACUGGCCUGACAGUGGCGGAUGUGACUAGCGCGCUGCCCGCCGCCUACACGCCCGUAGGCGCAAUGUCCAGCGCAUCGACGCCGCCCACGCAAAGCCCCGCGCCGCCGAACGUAAACAAGCUGCUGUGUGAUGUGCUUGAGCCGGAAAUAUCGAUACGCUCCAUGUACAAGUGUUGUGGUGGUGGUAAGCGGUUUCUGCAACAGGCACAAACGCCACAGCAACAACACCAGCAGCAGUCGCAGAAACAACAUUUACACAUCAUACAACCGCAUGCUAUGACAAAUGCCGUCGCAACAAUAACACCACCACCGCUAACAACAACAACAACAACUAGCCUGCCAACGCAUUCCACAACGACAUGCUGCACACCAACAUCGUCCAGCCAUCACAGCAAUUGUAGUGGUUGCCAAAUAACAGCGGCCGCCUCCAUACAGUUGGCCAAUUUGAUAGGCAGCACAAUGUUGUUGCCACAAACAGCCGCAGCAAUGCAAGAUGUUGCCACGAAAGCUGUAGCAGCUGCCGGCGCAACCGUAAAUGUACCAUCCGAACAUAAUGCUAGCAAGAAAUUACAUGCCGCCAACACUGCGGAGAAUCUGCUGUGUAGAGGAGGCGGCGGCAACAGCGCAUUGGAAGCCGUGAGCAGCGCCAGCGCCGGCUCCUCCUCGAACAUAGUGUCGCCACACACGGCGACCGCAACAACCAAGAAGGCCAACGUGCAGUUCCACUGCGAGUUCUGCGCCUUCGCCUGCUCGUGGAAGUACGACUUGAAGCUACAUUUGCGGCAAAAACAUGGCAUACACAACAAGAAAAUGUGAACUGUACGCGCUGCGUGCCGAAAAUGACGGGCCAAAUGCAAGCAGCAUACGCGCUUCACUGCAUUACAGUUGCAUUAAGCUGCGUUAGAGGCGUAUUUGUGUGUUUAUUGUUAAACUGCUUAUUUGGAAAACAACUUUAAGUGAGCGCGCGUUUGUUUUUUAGCAUUUGAAUUGUUGUGUUCAACUAUUAGCCUACUUGGAGUUAGCUGUAGUUUACGGUUAGGCGCGUUUAUUUAAAUAUUUAUUAUUAUUAUUAUUUUUUUAUUACAUACUUGUAUGUAUAGCAUAAAUUGUACAGCUGUAAGCGCGUAAUAGUAGUUUAUAAUGCUAUAUGCCUAUGAAAGUGUAUAAUAAAGAGCCCAGUGUGAUUGAAUUUCUAUAUAUGUAAGCAUUUAAAUUUAAUUUAAAAGUCAUGCAACGCAAAGUGCAUACACACAUACAUGUAUAUGACAUAUAUGCAAUUAACUAACGUAUUUUUUUAAUGUAUGUACAGCAGUGUUAGCGCAUAUUUCCUAGUUUGUGCCUGGCAACUGCAGCAUAUGUGGCAGCAACAAGGAUUUAUGGCAUUCAAAGCGUUGCUGCAACCAAAAAUUUGUAUUAAUUAGUCGAAAACACAUAUGUACAUGUACGCAAAAAAAUAAAAUUUGAAACUCGAAAGUAAUGUACAGCGUUUACACCUACGGUUUGUUAUAAUUAAUUGCUCAUAACUGAUAUUAGUUUAGUUAGCUUUUAGCGUUGCAGUUGUUUUUGUAAUGUAGUUUGAUAAUAUUGCUGAAAAACCAACAAUAUUUUGGUAGUUUCAUAGUCUAGCAACACUUUGAAUUACGAAAUUUGUGCACACUUGUAUGUAGGUGUACAUAUAAUUACAUAAUUAUUAUUGUAAACUUUAGCUAAUUGAUCCUAAAAACAUUAUAUAAACAGCAGUACAACGUAAUGUACGUAGUACCAGUAUGUAAGAGUAGUACUCCUGCCGUCGCAAGGACUUUGGAACCAGUAAUUUACCUUUUUGUCGUAGACAACAAUGAUUUGUGAGUAAAAAAACAACAAUUAUGCUUAACUUGUAUUUUAUUGUAUUUAUUACUUGUAAAAAAAAAAAACAGAAAAAAUUGUU